CGAGUGGGCGGCAACCGACAUGUUUCAACAAUCAGAUGACUGAGGCGCUGUGAAAACGGGAGUUCACCAUCAAGGAGCAAACAUGUUUUUGCAAAGACUGAUGGUCUAUUUGUCGACAACAUGCAUGUUUUGCUAUAUGAUAGGAAUCAAUCUCAUCAUCUUGAUUAUGCAAUAUAUUUCACCAAGUCUCACCAAGAAGAUACUCCUCAAAAUGGGUGAAAAGACCACCAUGACUCAGAAUCCCAACUUCAAGUAUGAAGAUUGGGGUCAGACGUUUGGCUCUGUCAGCUUCUUUAAAACCGUCUCUCACCACAUGUGGUUGUCUCUCGGACAGGAGGCGUUUUUGGGAGGAGACGCUCCGGACACACCUGUGGUCAACAUGGAGGGAAAGAACGCAAGCGUCUUCAAGUACUUGAAAGACACCAGGCCGCUGGUGUUGAGUUUUGGAAGUUGCACCUGACCCCCGUUUAUGUACAAACUUGAGGAGUUCAAGCAACUCGUCAAGGACUUCAGCGAUGUAGCUGACUUUCUUGUGAUCUACAUCGCCGAGGCACAUUCAACAGACGGUUGGGCCUUUACCAACAACUUUGACAUCAACCAGCACCGGAGCCUGGAGGACAGGCUGUCUGCAGCACAGAUCUUGGUUCAAAAGGAGCCCCAGUGUCCCGUGGUUGUGGAUGAAAUGAAUAAUGUCUCUGCCAUAAAGUAUGGUGCUCUGCCUGAGAGGCUUUAUGUGCUGCAGGCUGGGAAAGUUCUCUACAAGGGGGGCAUGGGGCCUAUAGGCUACCAUCCUAUGGAGGUGCGUUGGUUACUAGAGAAGAUAAAAUAAGGUUGAUUCAAGUCAAGACAUGUCUUUGCCAUCCAACCAGUCUGGUGUACUGUAUAUGUAGGUGUGUGUCUCUUUAUUCAGCAUGGGAUGGGCUUGUCAGCAUCAUAACCAACAUAUAUGACUGAUUUAACACCAUUUGUUAAAUCUUUUAUUUUUAUUUUUUUUCAAGACUCAAAUCAAUUCACUGCCACAUCUACAUGUAGUUCUAAAUCUGCUCUCUGGCAUCAACCAUUGCACUAGUAGAAAUAUUAUGACACCUCUAAACUUGCACUAAUAAUUGCUUCCAGGCUCUCCUGUACUCAAAAGCUGUCAGUCUCUAAGCUUGAACUUGCCUCUCAGUGUUUCUUAAUGACGGCUGCAGUUUAAACCGUUGGCUUCUGUAGCCAGAUAAAGUGAGACACAGAGAGACAGUCCAGGCAGUCCAGUCCAGUCCAGUUUGAAGUAUCACAUGGUGCACAGUAGCUGUCCCCUAAGUUUUCUUAAUUCCAAUUCCAAAGGUGCUAUAUAAAUACUGUGAAAGUAUCAAUGCUCAAUCCAAGGUGAAAUGCACACUUCCCGUAUUCCGAAACGGCGCCUUUAAACUGAUUUCACUGGAGUUGUAUCUUAUAUGACGAUGUGACAAAUAAAAUUGGCUGAUUGCUCCAAGGUGAUUCACAGAAGACUGCUUUUUAUAUGAUGAUUACAGUGCAAACCUCUGGUAACUGUAAUUUGAUGGCUUACUCAAAGGAAGACCUUCUCUGAAUUAUGUAGGAGCAUUUGUGAUUAGACACAUUCAAUGUAUAAUAACCAUCUGCAUUUCCUUUGAAUGUUCUUAUAUCACAAAAAAAAAAAAAGUAUUUCUUUUGAAUGUUGCAUUGUGGUAUAAUAAAGAAUAACCUGGAAAGAC